AGAAAUUGAUUGGAACAAUUAUCGUUUUCGUGGCUGGAAUCGAUGGGGAAGGGCCCCUUAUCCUUUCGCCGUCUUUCGAGCAUCCGUCACCGGAAAAAAGGUUCUGCCGUGAAGGAUGACUCCGCACAUACAUCGGCGCCUUCAUCUCCACCGCCUCCCCUACCGAUUAAUGCUGGCGGACCGAUUGUGGGAGGGGCGGGGAAGGCGAAGAAGAAAACCGGUGGAGCUCGGUGGUGGAUGAGGUUUGAUCGGACUGGUGCGAUGGAAGUGGUGGAGUGUGAUAAGAGUACAAUCAUCAAACGUGCUUCUGUUCCCGCUAGGGAUUUGAGGAUUCUUGGCCCUGUCUUCUCUCACUCUUCUAAUAUUCUCGCCAGAGAGAAAGCUAUUGUUGUUAAUUUAGAGGUCAUAAAAGCAAUAGUUACUGCAGAAGAAGUUCUACUGUUGGAUCCUCUCCGUCCUGAAGUUCUUCCUUUCGUUGAACGACUAAAGCAACAGUUUCCUCAGAGGAAUGGGACUGAAACUGCACUGCAAGCUUCUGCAAAUUUACAAUCUCCUCUUGAUCCAGAAGCUGGAGAGGGUUUGCAGAGUGAGCUUCCUUUUGAAUUUCAGGUCCUGGAGAUUGCACUUGAGGUCGUCUGCUCAUUUGUUGAUAAAAGUGUGGCUGCUCUUGAGACAGAAGCUUGGCCUGUCCUUGAUGAACUAACCAAGAAUGUCAGCACUGAGAAUCUUGAAUAUGUACGAAGUUUGAAAAGUAAUCUCACCCGCUUGUUAGCCCGUGUGCAGAAGGUGAGAGAUGAACUCGAACAUUUGUUAGAUGACAACGAAGACAUGGCAGACUUAUACUUAACAAGGAAAUGGAUCCAGAACCAGCAAACCGAGGCAAUACUUGCGGGGACAGCAUCAAACAGCAUUGUCGCCCCAGCACAUAAUACAUCAAAUCUUCACCGGCUCACAUCAAACAGAAGCGCGAGUAUGGUGACGAGCAGUACAGAGGAAGAUGAUGUGGAAGAUCUGGAGAUGUUGCUGGAGGCAUACUUCAUGCAACUGGAGGGGAUGCGGAACAAGAUUCUUACAGUGAGGGAGUACAUUGACGACACAGAAGACUACGUGAACAUACAACUGGACAAUCAACGAAACGAACUGAUCCAGCUGCAGCUGACGCUGACCAUAGCAUCGUUUGCAAUAGCCGCAGAGACUUUGUUGGCCAGCUUGUUCGGAAUGAACAUACCAUGUCCAUUGUAUACCACACACGGCAUCUUUGGUUACUUUGUGUGGAGUGUUACUGCAUUUUGCAUUGUGCUUUUCAUGCGUGGUGUCUUGAAGCUUAAACUUGAUAUAUGGGCUACCCUCGACGGAGGAUAUUCACUACCUGUUGAAAUCUUCACUUGCAAGACUCUUGUUGAGCUUGAACUAGGGUCUAUUUUGCAAAUUGAUCUUGUCCCUGAGAAUGCUCUUCUUCCGGCGCUUAAGACUCUCACUAUUGAUUCAGUUCGAUUCUCUGAUCAAUCUGGUUGUGCGUUCCAAAAGCUUAUUUCUUCUUGCCCUGUGCUUGUGGAGUUAGGGAUUCUUAAUGUGGAGUGGGAGCAAUGGGAAUGGUCUCGCAAAGUGUCAAGUCCGACCCUGGAGAGACUUACUAUCAACCACAGAUAUUACUUUGCUUAUAUUGCUACUGUCGGUCUUAAGUUGCCACUACAUCACGCCUGGACGGGAGAAUAUGCACGUCAUGGUGAUACUAUUCCAAGCGUAACCAAUCUGAUCAAGGGGUUAAGAAAUGUUGAGACCUUGAACUUAACAUGUACCGAUACUGUGGAUGGUCCCUUGCACUAUAAUUAUCAGUUGGGCGAUGAAUAUGAGUCUGAUGAGGUGAACUAUUAUGAGGAUGAGUCGGAGUCUGACGAUGAUGAAUCUAUUUGUGAGUGCUUGUCAGAGUAUUCUUUUCUAGAGUCAUGUCUUGUGAAGACCGUAGAGAUAACCGAGUACAGCGGAACUAAAAAAGAGUUGGAACACAUGAAACAUUUCCUGGAGAAAUUGUCAUGUCUUGAGCUUGUCAAAGUUUGUUCUAAUGAAACAGACGACGAGGAACAGAUUCAACUCAGAACCAAUCUGCUGAAUCUUCCUAGAUCGUCUAAGUGCAAGAUCGAGUUCGAGUUUAUUCCUCCUCGUAGCUUUCUUUGAGCAUAACUCUGUUUUUUUUUUUAAUUUGGUUUUCUGUCAGAUGGAUUCUAUUGAUAGGAUUGUUUUCGUCAGUUAUUUUGCUUUGAGUUGUUUUUCAGACGUUUUUACUCAAGUAACGAGAAAGUUAACAAGAUAUUCAAUUU